ACUUCCUUUAAAUACAACAAUCAACCCCUUCAGUCCUUCACCCUUGCACGGAUACACCACUACUACACAAAACACUUGUGAAUUGUGAUAGAUCUUCCAACUGUGCCUCACAACUCAUCACAAUUCUAGCUCCUUGCAGCUCAUCAUCAUGGGGAAUUGCCUAGUGAUUCAAGACAGGAAGGAGAUCAAGAUCAUGAGAGUGGCGGACGGCAGCAAGGUCCUCAAGGUGCCAACCCCCAGCAGCUUGAAGCAUGUCCAGGAAGCCAUCGCUGAGCCCCUGCCGAGCCACAGCAUCUCCGGCGUGCUUCCGGUGAAGGCGCCGGCGGCUGUCGCCGACCCUGGCGCUGUCAGGGUGAAGCUGGUCAUCAGCAAGCAGGAGCUCAAGAAGAUGCUCGAAAAGGAGGGCAUGUCGCUGGACGACGUGGUGUCACUCAUGCGCAAAGAGGCAAGUGAUCGUGAGAGCCAGCAGGAGUGCUGCGGAGGAUGGCGCCCUGCGCUGGAGAGCAUACCAGAGGGCAGUGAUCUCUAGCAUCCGGGAUCGUUCAGAUAUCUAUUGAGCUUACAAGUUACAAGAUACUUUUUGGAAUAAGUGUAAGCAUAGCAAUAUAGCAUGCACUUGGAUAGCAUACAUACAUGUAAAUAUAUAUAGAUAGAUAUAGAUAUGGUAGGAGUUUUGAGAUAGGGAUUCUCUUUAUCUUUUCUUCUUGGCUACAUGCUUGUAAAGAAGGGGUAAAGAUGAUCGUGGAAAUCAAUAUAUCUUUCCUCAUCAGUCAUCAGCAAACCAGUUUUAGUUAUCAACACAGGAAAUCAAAAGGCAAUCAGAUCAUUGUUAGUUCU